AUGAAUAAAGAUAUCAAGCAGUCAGUUAAAAAUACAAUUAAGAAUAUAGAUGAAGAGCUUCGAAAAAUUAGUCUUCAAAUUCAUGAUGAUCCUGAAUUAGGAAAUAAAGAAUUCCAUGCCUAUCAACUGCUUACUGAAUUCCUCGAUAAGCAGGGUUUUGAAAUUACUCACAAGGCAGCAGGAUUAGAAACUGCUUUUAUGGCAACAUUUUCUAAUAGUAAAACAGGUCGACGUGUAGGAUUUACGUGUGAAUAUGAUUCUUUACCUGGUGUUGGACAUGGAUGUGGACAUAAUCUUAUUACUAUUCAAGGCCUUGCUUGUGCUCUCAGCUUAAAAGCUUUGAUGGAACAAAAUUUAGUGAAAGGCACUGUUGUUUUAUUUGGUACUCCUGCUGAAGAAACUACAAGUGGUAAAAUUAAUUUUGUGAAAGAAGGAAUUGUUAAGGAUACAGUAGAUUAUGCUAUGAUGCUUCAUCCUUUUGCUGAAGACGGUCUUUAUUAUAAAAUGCUGGCUUUAGAUUCUUGUACUGUAGAGUUUUUUGGAAAGGCCUCUCAUGCUGGCAUGGCACCUUGGAAUGGUAUUAAUGCUCUUGAUGCAAUGAUGCAAGGAUUUGAUAAUGUUGGUUUAUUAAGACAACAAAUUUUACCUACUGACAGGAUCCAUGGUGUGAUUGUAAAAGGUGGAGAAGCAGCCAACGUAAUUCCAGACUACACCUCUGCUCAUUUUUAUGCUCGUUCAUUAACGAGAGAUCGACUCAGGGAAUUAAAAGAACGUGUUGAGAAUUGUUUCAAGGCAGCUGCGCUAGCUGCCGGAUGUAAAAUUAAGAUUGAAUGGGCCAAGUUGGGUCCAGUGGAUGAUGUCUUUACGAAUGAAACUAUGACUGAGAAAUACAAGCAGUAUAUGGAAGAAGAAGAAGGUAUCCAAUUUCCUUCUCGUAGUGAUGAUGAGAAGGUAAUAGCAGGUAGUACUGAUAUGGGUAAUUUCAGUUAUGUAGUCCCAACUAUUCAUCCUGGUUUUGGUAUUCAUACAUCUGCUACGAAUCAUACAAAGGAAUUCGCUGAUGCUGCUAGAACAAAAGUAGCUCAUCAAGAUACACUUCGUGCUGCUAAAUGUCUUGCUUUAACUGCUGCAGAAGUUAUGAUAGAUGAUGCACUUUAUGAACAAGUUCUUGCUGAUUUUAAGAAAGGAAAAGCUUCAAAAUGA